AAAUCUUGCCACCCCUUGUAAGCGUAAUGGUACAUUCCAAACAACCAAAACAAAGAUGGCACACGAGGAGUUUAUGUAAGCUAGCGAAAGUGACACUAGGACUCUCGGACUCGUGUGUUUGACACACAACCUCUGUGGCGAGAUAAACACCCCAUCAUUUAGCAAGAUGGCGAAACAAAUAUCAAGCCUAUUUCCAUCCAUCAGAAUCCCACUAGUGUACUUAUCCUGUCUGCCCACCGGUGUCAGGUUCAAGCGUAUCUCAACCACUGGAAGUGUCCAGAUGGGAGGCAAGCCAGCAACAAGUCCAUUCCGUGGCCAUAUUAAACCUGCGAACUUUGCAGCAACCCCAGUCCGUUGGAGGUUCAGCCUGGGGAAUUGUUUCUCCUCCACCCCGAGGAAGAGAAGCAGGCCGGGCAGUGUUAUUGGCACGAUCACCUUGGUGGGGUCUCUGCACACCGGGACGAUGACAGCCAUGAAAGUUGACCUGAACUCCACUGCCGGAGACUGGAGGGAGAUCAAGGACUUCCUGCUGUCUCAGCCCGUGGAGGUCCGGCGCCAGUACUACAAGACUGACCCCAUCCGCCUGGACGACAUCCCACCGUGGACGCACACUGGAGUGUCGGCUGGUCCCGAAGGGAGUCGUUAUCCCAGAAAUGAGAAGCUUGACGGGAAGAUUUCCAUCUACAGUGGCAACAUCACUGUGCUAGAGGUAGACGCUGUUGUCAAUGCAGUGGAUGGAGCGAUCCACCGUGGCGCAGGGCCGCUGUUAAUGAAAGAGUGCGCCUCCCUCCAUGGCUGCCACACCGGACAAGCAAAGGUCACGUGCGGCUACGGCCUCCCUGCCAAGUAUGUGAUCCACACGGUGGGGCCCAUAGCUCAGGGCGGCGUUGGAGAGGCGGAGAAGAGCGCGCUGAGGUCGUGCUACAGCAACAGCCUGCGGAAGGCGACGGAGAACAGCGCUCGCUCUGUGGCCUUCCCUUGCAUCUCCACCGGAAUCUACGGUUACCCGCCCGAGAAGGCUGUGCACGAGGCCUUGGCGACCGUGAGGGAAUAUCUGGAUGAGCACCACGACAAGCUGGACAGAGUCAUCUUCUGUGUGUUUUUGCCCAAAGACAAAGAAUUGUAUCUGCAGAACCUCCCUCUCUACUUCCCUGUUGAUCCCACCGAGACCCCCGUGACAAGUAAACUGUGAUGAUGGACUAUCCUCUUCUUCCCCCUCCCCCUCCUCCGACGACGACCCCAAGCAGCAGCAGCAGAAGCAGGAGGACUCAAAAGUAGCAGCUACUUUAUUUUCACCCUGCCUGAAAACCCUGAUUGCUUUUGUGUCUUUCAUGCUGACACUUUGCGCUUCAGAGUCGAGGGGUCGCCAUUGUGAUGUGCGAUGUGCACACACUGGUGCUACUCUACUCUUCGCUACUCUACGCUACUCUACCCUUCACUACUCUAUGCUACCCUACUCUUCACUACUCUACUCUUCGCUACUCUACUGCACUCCCAUAUUAGGAUUGCAGUGUGUGCACAAACACCACAAAGCUUAUUAAAGCCAAGCAUCUGCGCUCCUUGUCUCCUUGUCUCCUUGUCUCCUUGUAUUGACAAUGAGCAUUUGAACCCAAAUUUUGCAUUUUAGAUUGUUAAUGUUUUUUUAUUAAA